AUGGCAUCACCUGCGCAGCGCAAAGACGAGAUCUUGAUCAUGGGCGGCGGCCCAUCCGGCUUGCUGUUCGCCCACGAGCUCCUUCGCCGUCGCGUCCCUGUCCGGGUUAUCGAGAAACGCCAGCCGCGCGAUGACGAUUCAUGCCCGUUCGAUGGAGAUGUUCGACCACAUGGGGCUGGCCAACCGGCUCGAGGAGAUUUGUCUCGAGUGUCCUGGCGAUAUCUAUUACUUUCCGCAUCUGCCGGAGGAGCAAUGUCCGCGGACGGAUUACUGAGUCCUCCCCACAAGAUCAGCCAGAACGAUUUCGAGCAGGCCCUGUGUGAGCUCAUCUUCUCCAAGUACUCGACCGGCCCCGAGUAUCGGACGGAGCUGGAGGCGUUGGAGCAGGACGACCAAGGCGUCACGGCCUCCAUCCGGCUCCCUGACGGCGCAGUCGAGAAGAGUGUCUAUCCGCAUGAUGGAUGUCCCAUUGACGACCUCUUCAUGAACUGCACCAAGAUGCCCGGCAAGUACUGGCGCAUCUACAUGAGCGAGCCCACCGGCGAAUACUUCUUUGCCCCGGACCAGCAAAAGGCCUACCAGGAGGUGGCCGACAAGCUGGGGAUUGGCUUCAAGGUCGGCAAGCCGCACUGGCAGACGGCGUGGGAUGUGCGCAACAAUAUCGCGGAGAAGUACCGGAAUAGUCGGUUGAUUAUUUGUGGGGAUGCGUCGCAUGUCCACUCCCCAUCUGGCGGCCAGGACAUGAACGGCUGCAUGCAGGAUGCCUUCAACCUGGGCUGGAAGCUCGCAGCCGUAUUCAAAGGCCAGGCGAACGACUCGAUUCUGGACAGCUACGAGAAGGAACGAAAACCGAUCGGCAGCCAGAUCAGCAAGGGGGCCAUGGCCACACACGAGAUCGUUAUGGGCUUCGGCAUUCCGCCUGAAGAGCGGCUGCAUCUCACCCAGGAGUCAGACUGGGAAUGGCGGACGAUCAACCUCGUCAGCGGCCUGUCCCAUAACUAUCGGGACGUGGUCAAUGUGCCCGUUGGGCUGACGCCGGUGCCGGGUCCUCAGGCGGGCGAACGAGCCCCCCGAUGCGCGUCUCCUCGUCGAGCCGAAACGGCGUCUGUAUGA